AUGGAAAAGCUGGAGCAUGUCACUGCUUCACACUUGCUGCAUCCCUGCAAGCACCUUGCAGAAAAGAAUUUAUACCACCGAAUUCAGAAGAUCCGCAAGAUUGCUAUGUUGGAAGCAGAUUCCGCGCUUGUGGAUCUGCACACCAAGGAGCUGGCGACAGCUCAAGAAGUAUUUCGGUCAUGCAGGUUCCACAUUCAUAUCAUGCCUGCAGGGGCUAAGGACCCUCAGGUUCUGCAGCGCGAACUCAGGGAACGGUCUAAGCAUCGCCGUCUGUCUGAGUCGUUUAUGGACUUGGUGCGGGACGGCCUGAACAGCGUGGGUGAUGUCCAUGGCACCAACUUCAAGAUGAAGACCGGCUUCACACCUGACAAGGCCAACGACGUCCAGGACAAGACCUUCUUCAAUCUGAACAAUCCGACUGAGCAGGACCGAUUUCAUUGGAACUACACAUAUGAGGCCAACAGCACGCAAAACCCCCAGUACAAGUACACCUUUCCGGGUGGAACGGCGUGGCUCAGGCUCUUCAAGCCGAAGGUGCAUGCGUGGCUCGGGUUUACGAUGAACCUGAGUAGUCACAUGCCGGACAUCACGCAAGCGCCACAUGAGACAGUGGACAUCCUCGUCCAGAGCUAUGCAGACCUAGACCUAGAUAUUGGCACAGCUGCAGACUUCGACGAAGACAGGUCUUCCUCCGUGCUUCACAACAUGCUGGACGUCUUUCCUAUUCCGAUCCUCAGCAAGCUGAAGACGGACACAGCGCAGUUUAUGCACCCCUUCACCUUUCACAUAGGUGGAACGCCGAUUACGGUGACCCCAGGAUGGAGCAUCAAUAUGAAGAUCUUCCACAUCGGACAGCUCAAGGGCACCAUGCGAGUGGGCCUGGAAACGAAGCUGCUCAGCCGCGGGACGAUGCACUUCGACACAACCUUCGGCGAGCAGCACAACUUUUCUGUGGAGAUGAAGAACGUCAACUUUACUUCUCCAGCCUGGCUGCUCUUCACGAAACACUUUCAGUUGGGCGUGGAAUUCGAGCCAAACAUCUGGGUGAAGGGCGGCUUUGGAUUUCUGCAGGAUGUCGAGCUGGGUUUCGGCUUCAGGCCGUACUGCAACAUUUCCAUCACGGAGCAAUCGGAUGAACUCAUGGGAGGGUCCGAGACGAACGAGCUCGCCAUUUAUCCAUAUCGUGUAGUGGGCCUUCCGUUCGGGAGCUGUUUCGCCUUGAAGAUCAGUGCCAAUGGGCAGUACAAGACCACGGCGUGCCAAGUGAGCGUUGGUGGAGUCAUUCGUUUCCAGAACAAGGUGGAGAUCUUCGAGUUUCCGCCGACGACACAGAAACGGCUUCUUACAGAUCCCAUCAAGGUGGAUGUCCUCAAAGAUGGCAAGGAAACCGUGGCCACCGGUGAGAUUGUCUGCCAGAAGCUGGUGAACGGAAAGUGCGAACCGCAUCCAACGCAAGUUCGCAUGGUGGUCGGCAACCAGGAAGUGCUGGUAGACUUGGGCAUUUACUUCCAGGCGAAUGCCUUGAGCGAGCUGGAGAUCAACAUGCAAAGUAUCAGCGUGCGUGUUCCAAUGUUCACGCUCGACCAUUCUGCUACAGCACUACAAAAAGUGGUGGGCCAAGAAGAGAAUCGCAAGACUUUGGAGUUGUGCCUAUGCCACAACGGGCGCGAAAUGUGUUCGAAACUGAAAGCCAAGUUUCCUGGCGAGAACCAGCUGUUUACCAGCGAUACGAUCUGGGAGCUCGGUCCCGUGUUCACAGAGAAUUGGCUGACCAAGCCGGUCGCUGACCUCGCGCAGGGUCAAUCUGCCAACGAACAAAGGUUGCAGAACAAAGUCGCGGUCCGUGCGAAUGGCACUAUCAUAGCCACGGGUAUGGUUCUUCAGACGAACGUCAAAGAGGAGAAGCCUCUUAACAGCAUUGAGGACUUGGAAAGCGAAAGGAAGGAAGCCAUGCAGACCCUUCCGACGCAGGUAAUGUUGAUGGACGCAGCCAACCCAAACAAGAUGGUCGGCUCGUGUCAGAUUGAAUUAGACAUUAUGCCCGUCGAGUACGGUGCUUUUUGGGUGCAGCCCUUCGAGGGCGACAGGUUUGUCGUCGGGCUCUCCUACACCUUCGCUUGGGCGACGCACGGGGCGGUUGCCGGAAGCUACUACAGCUUCACGAUCGCGCUGCAUGAGGUCUCGAUUAGAGACUAUGACCUGUUUUUCCCCCACCCUCGCUGUGGGGUUGUUAGAUUUUAA